AUUAAUUUAUACAUUUUUUUUUUUAAAUAAAGAGAGAAUUCAUUAACAAGUCUUAAUUUAUUUGAAUUCCAUGUUUGUGUAUUGAAAAGCGGAUCUGUAGACCAAAAUGAUUCUAGUGAGGCGGCGGUUGCAACGUAUACUUUGGAGGCCUUGGCUACGACUGUGUUGCACUGAGUUGGUUCAUAAGGAUGAUUUAAUUGAAAAAUUAAGAAUUAGUUAUAUUAAGGAGAAAGAGAGUAAUUUUGUUGUGCCUACGUUCAAAAAAGCUUUGCUUUACCCCGAUAAAAUUGCGGUUAAGGAUUUCUGUGGUGAAUUUACGUAUUUCCAGUUGUAUUUAACUGCAAAACGAUUGGCUAUACAAAUAUCAAAUAUAUGUGGCAGUGCCUCGCUCUCAAAUGUAGCAUUUCUUUCAUCGAAUAACGUUUUGUGGAUUGUAAUACAGUGGAGUUGUUGGAUAUCUGGACAAGUAGCUGUUCCACUGGAGUCGACUCAAACAUUGGAGCAACUACGAAGACAGGCAAAUGAUUUCAAGCCAAAACUUGUGGUAGCUACUGCUGACUGCGAGCAUAUUGCUAAGAAUUUGUCUGGUAUGUUGAAAACAGCCACCAUAAUUGUGGAUCAUAGCUUUAUACCUAACCUUGAAGGCAUUUCAUCGACAUCAAUGUAUGAAAGACAGUUAGUUCGCAUUCAGGGUAAGAUACUACCCGAGAGUACUAUUGCUAACGACUUUUAUUCCUGGGCUCCAGCAAUGCUCAUAUAUACACCAAACACUAUUAAAAGUCCAAAACGAGUAACACUCACGCAUCGUAACCUUGAAGUGCAGCAAAAUUGCUUGAUAGACAGUUUGGGAUUGGGAAGUAGGGAUUGCAUGUUGCCCAUUAUUCCAAUGAAUCGGAUGCACACAAUUUUUGGUAGCCUGCUCUCAGUUGGUGGCAACGUUUUACUGCAAAAUAAAUUUGAUGGUCGUAAUGCGUGGAGUUCCCUACUAAGUAUAAAUAGCCCAUCCAAGCAACGAGUUAACCUCUUCAUGGCAAUGCCAAUUAUUUAUAAGCGUCUUAUAGCUGAGUAUGAUAAGAUGUUUGCUCAAGAUUCUCGUAUGGUUGAGUAUAUUGUCAAUCAUUGCAAACAUAAGAUACGCUUAAUGAUCACUGCAUUUGCCCUGUUACCAAAUUCGGUAGUCCAUCGUUGGCGUGAAAUCACUGCUCAAAUUAUAUACGAAUACUAUGGGACCUUAGAAACCGGAUUAGUAAUAGGACAUCACAUUAAUGAGAAGACCAGAUCACUCGAGUCAGCUGCGCAUAGUCCAGGCACCUUGGGUAUUCCUCUUAAAGGUGUGGUCGCUCGGUUAACAAACAGCAAUGGCAAAGAGCUUAUAAGAUUUGGUUCUGCAAUUCAUGAAAUGGUAAUGCUUGAUUCCGCUGUCAUAGGGGAGUUGCAAAUAGCAGGAGAGGAUCUUUUUACCAUUAAGCCUGUGAAUCCACAAUUAUCAGGAAACAAUGUUGAUGCUGUUAAUCCUUUUAAGAAACUCUCAGUUUCAGAUUCAACUUCAAUUCAACCGAAGUUAUCUUUAGAUGUUGAUGCUUACCCAGUAAACGCAGAUGGUAUUCGUAUAUUCACUCCAAAUGAUGAGUUGUCUCCAUAUGAACCCGCACCAAAGACCGACCUUCAGUAUACUUAUUUUAAAACGGGUGACAUCUUCGCCUAUAUCAAUGAUAAUUUUUAUUUUCUUAGCAAGACUACUGAUGUUUUCACAGUUGGCGGCUACAAAAUAUAUUGUUCGGAUAUCAAAAAAGUCCUGAUAGCUCACCCUAAUAUCAACGAUGUGGCCAUUUUAGGCAUACCCAAUAAAGUGUGGGGUCAUCGCCUUGGUGUCAUCUGUAUAGUGGCGUCAGGUGCCAAUGUGGAUAUAAAUGCCAUUCAAAUUUAUUGUUAUCGUUAUUUACCCUUCCACAAAUGUCCUACUGUUUUUAAGACUCUAGUGUCAAAGUAAACACGAAUAUCAUACAGAAGACGUGAUGCCCUGUCCUAGUUCUACAUGAUAUUCAUUAUUUUA